GAUGCAUUUGAGGAUGAGAAUACAAAAAUACAUGGUAAGGUUUUGCGGUACACUCUAGUCAUUCUUAGAUUUAAAUGGUUGUUCAUGAAUGAAAAUGAUGCCAACUGAUAAUGCUCAAUUUGUAUAUUUUUUGUCUCAUUUAAUCCAACAUUUGAUUGACUUUUGGAUUAGUUUUGCUUUGAAUUGCUUUAAACCUCGGUCUUAUUUUAAUAGCGGGUGUUACUAAUCGAUUUAGUAUUGUUUUAUUAGGUUUUGAAGGUUUAGGAGAACCCGGAGCCGUAACUGAAAGACCGAGAGCACAGAAAGUCAAUCCCGGGUCAAAUUAUAGUUGACCAGUCAACACAGUCAACCAAGGGUUGACCAGCAACCCACCCCUCCCAGCUGGUCAUCUCUCGACAGCAAGCAGCAACCAAGCAGCAAACAAGAAGUAACGCAGCAGGCAGAAGAAGGAGAAACAGGCUCUGCCCGUAGCACCACCGCAGCUGCCGCCCAGUCGCGCCAGAAGUCGGGAAGGCGCUCAGAGAGGACCGCAUUGGCUGCCGACGGAGACCAGUGGCCAGAUUCCAAACCCUCACCGUCGCCGUUAUCGGCAUCUCGAGUUUGAACCACCUGCCGCCAUGUCCGCUCGCAUCGCCGCUCCAGUCCGUCUCACUUCAGUCGGAUCCUGCACCAGAAAUCAACACCGCCGACGAUGGCUGCUCGAGACCUGCUGGCCGUGGACCGUCCCUGGCCUUGCCUGAUUGACGAAGAAGAUCGAAGACCUGGCCUGCUGCUGCUGCUGCGUACGAAGAGGGAAGGUGGACCGAAAGCCCUAAUCUGAUUUUAAGCAUCGAAAAGACUAAAAUGCCCCCGCUGCUCCUUUGUUUUAAGUUUUAACCCUAAGACACAUUAGAAUAGAUUUUACAUUUUAGAUCAGGGUAUUUACAUUUCAUCUAUCUAGCAUUAGUGUAGAUUUGUAGAGAUCUCUCCUCCGAUUCAAGCUUUCUACUUGCAUUUCAAUGGAUUGCUUCUCAUCUUUAAAGGGGUAUUCUUCUACACUUAUUACUUCAUUUAAAUUCAAAAGUUUAAGUCUUUAGUUUUAGUUAUGCACUUUUAUGUUAAUGUUUUUAUUUUAUUUCCGAUGCAUGAGUAGUUAGAUUGGUUAGGGGGCUGUUUGGAGCUUCUUAUGUGAUUUAAUUGUUGGGUGAUUAGUAUUGAAUUUUAUUGCUUGAAAUGUGUUUGUGAAAAUGCCUCAAUGACUUUAAUUAAUACAAUUUUGAGAAAUCUUGUAUUUAAUUAUUUGGCAAUAUUUAGAUGAGAAUCGGAUAUUCAUUUGCCCCUUUCACACACACCUAGGCACGACCAUCAGAGUGGCGGGUCUAGGGAGCUUCCUUGCUUUGAAUCAUUUUCAUUGGCGUCGGUAGGUGGUUUCGGACCAUGAGAGUGGCCAAGAUCGUCUAUUGACCGAUCCUACGACCACGAGAGUGGUGGAGGAACCGUUGUGCAUUCUCUUUCUUGUAAUAAAGUUCUAAUACUAUUUUUUCCAACCUUCAAUUGCAAUGUGAGUUCCAAACAUGCCCCCAACAUCCCUUUGCAUCUUUAUUUCAUAGUUUAGCUCAUUUUGCAUCUCCUCUUGAUCAUGUUUGCGUUAUGGUUUCGUUUGCUCCACUUUAGUGACACAUUUGUCUAUUCGAUCAUUGUAUUCACUUACACGCCAUCCCUGUGGUUCGACAAACCUCAUCCCACUUACCACUAUACACUUCACUUUUCCCUGCACUUUCAUUUACACUUCAUUUUCCUUCUUUUUGAUUGACUCAGGAUUCGCACACAACGACCUAUAUUUGUUAUAUUAUAGGCGGGUCUCGAGCUCAUCAAAAUGGUGUCAUUGCCGUGGAUGGCGUUAGUGAUUGAUUGAAUUAGGAUUUGUGUUUUCUAUUUUGGAGUUAGUUUUUAUUUUCUUUUUUAUUCCUUUUACUUUCACCCCCCGUAUGUCUUUGCUUGGUAUUGUGCUUGAAGUUUCUUAUAGGUGUUGAUGGCAUAUCAAUACAAUGGCUACGAGAGCCAAGAGCUGAUGGGAGAUUCCUCGAAUUCUCGAUCUUUUGACCCCUAUCUUCAAACCCCUCAAACAUCACAACCAUACAUCCAACAUCCUCGAUAUCAAGAGUCAUACCCCUCUAACCCCUCCUACCCACAAUAUCAAAGCUACCCACCCUCUACCUCUUACUACCCACCAUCUCAAGAAGCCUCCCUCCUACCCAAUCAAUCAAAUGGACCUUCCAUCUCUCAAACUAAAAAAGGGAAAACUAUUGCCGAGUACAUGUAUGAGCGCAUGUAUCCAUCAAAUGAGACUCUCGCUAACACAUGUAAACAUUGUUUCGGACCUCAUGAGGUGGAAGAUUGUCCUCUUACUCUUAUAUUCAAGCAAUCCGCUCAGUGUGAUACUCAAGGAUUUCAACAAGCUAGCUAUGUGCCUUCUUAUCACCGUCCGGGCCCCGUUGAGCUAAAUGAGUCGUCUAUGAAGUUGGUGAGCAAGUUGGAUGAUAUUUUGUGUGGUCUCAUGCAAUCUUGGGAACAAGAACUUCAUGAAAUGGCCACCAACUUAAAGAAAUUUCUCAAGAACUCACGGAGGAGACUUUGUUGAGCAUUCUGAAGUCCACCCAAGAGGAGCAAAUACAUGUAGUUGGUAUUGACCGUGGUGAUGAGGUAACCAAGAAGAAAUCCUCAUUGAGCUUCAAGAAGAAAAAUCUCCAACUCAACUUGAGUUCUCAAAUAUUUGUCAUGAAGAAGCCAUUUGGGAGGAAUUCAUGGAGAGAGUUGAAGAGUGGAGUGAUGUACUCCUAAUUUACCAUAUUUAUGAUCUUGUUUUGUCACACUUUUAAUAUUUUAUUUCUCAUUUUUUAAAUAAAAAGAAUUGAUUUUUAUCAUCUUGGACAUUUUAAGGUAUUGCACUUGUUUUGGUAUAUUUUUG